CGACCGAGCGCUGCAUCACAGCUUUUGUGUAGAAACUACUGAGGGUCUGCGAGAAAUUGAUAUAAUACAAUCACUGGAGCAAAGGGAGACGAAGAAGAAGACGAAGAAACCCCAACAUGAGGAAGCGAGACUUGGCCAUCCUCAUGCUCUCCGCUUUCGCCAUCUUCUUCUCUCUUCAGCACGAGGGCGAUUUCUCGUUCAGAGAGGCGUGGAUGCAUCUUUCCGAUGAGUACCCUAUCAAAUACGAGGCCGAGCGUCUCCCUCCGCCGAUAGUCGCCGACUUGAACGGUGAUGGAAAGAAAGAAGUCCUCGUCGCCACCCACGACGCCAAGAUUCAGAUAUUGGAGCCACAUACUAGGCGUGUGGAUGAGAGCUUCAGUGAUGCACGUGUGCUGGCAGAGGUGAGCCUAUUGCCUGACAAAAUCCGAAUUUCGUCUGGGAGGCGGGCCGUGGCAAUGGCAGCGGGCAUUGUGGACCGAGAUAAACCUGGACAGACACGGAAGCAGGUCCUGGUUGUUGUUACCUCAGGUUGGUCUGUGAUGUGCUUCGACCACAACCUCAAGAAGCUAUGGGAAAACAAUUUGCAGAAGGAUUUCCCACAUAAUGCUCACCACAGGGAGAUAUCAAUCUCGAUAAGCAGUUAUGCCCUUAAGCAUGGAGAUGCUGGAUUAGUGAUUGUUGGUGGGAGAAUGGAAAUGCAGCCUCAUAUUGUCAUGGAUCCUUUCGAAGAAAUUGGGAUGGCAGAAAAAAAUGCUGAGCAACAUAGAAGAAGUGCUACCGAAAAAGAGAAUUCUGAGAACCCCGGAACUGUGGAUUUACGCCAUUUUGCAUUUUAUGCAUUUGCUGGUCGAUCUGGUGCAUUUCGAUGGGAUAGAAAGAACGAGAAUAUUGAAGCACAUUCUUCCGAUGCGGCACAGUUAAUUCCACAGCAUAACUACAAGCUUGAUGUUCACGCUCUGAAUAGUCGUCAUCCUGGAGAGUUUGAAUGCAGGGAAUUCAGAGAAUCAAUCCUUGGAGUAAUGCCACAUCACUGGGAUAGGAGAGAAGACACUUUGUUGAAGCUGGCACAUUUUAGGCGGCACAAAAGGAAAACUUUGAAGAAAACAUCUGGAAAGACCACAAACUACCCCUUUCACAAGCCCGAGGAAAACCAUCCUCCUGGGAAAGACUCAACUAAAAAAAUUUCAAAUCUUAUUGGAAAGGCUGCAAAUUAUGCUGGUUCAGCAAAGUCUAAGAAGGUAUCACCUUAUAUUCCUACCAUAACAAACUACACGAAGAUUUGGUGGGUUCCUAAUGUUGUUGUGGCUCAUCAAAAGGAAGGGAUAGAAGUUAUUCAUUUGGCAACAGGUCGCACUACUUGUAAGCUUCAUCUUCAAGAAGGCGGCCUUCAUGCUGAUAUUAAUGGUGAUGGAGUCCUAGAUCAUGUCCAGGUUGUUGGUGCAAAUGGUGCUGAGCAGACUGUUGUUAGUGGAUCCAUGGACGUGUUGCGACCAUGUUGGGCUGUUGCAACCUCCGGUGUACCAGUACGAGAACAACUCUUCAAUGCUUCAAUAUGUCAUCAUAGUGCCUUUAACUUAUUCCAACAUGGAGAAUUUUCCAGGUACUAUGGUCGAACACCAGAUGUGACUUCUUUAGAGGUUGCAACACCCAUUCUCAUUCCAAGAAGUGAUGGUCAUAGGCAUCGUAAGGGAAGCCAUGGUGAUGUUAUCUUCUUGACAAAUCGAGGGGAGGUAACAUCAUACUCCCCUGGCUUGCAUGGUCAUGAUGCUGAUUGGCAAUGGCAAAUAUCUACUGGCGCGACCUGGUCAAAUCUUCCAUCUCCAUCAGGUAUGAUGGAAGCUGGUAUGGUGAUCCCUACGCUGAAGGCAUUUUCCUUGCGGGUGCACGAUAAUCAAGAAGUGGUCCUUGCAGCAGGGGAUCAAGAAGCUGUGGUGAUAUCUCCAGGAGGAAGUCUGUUAACAUCAGUUGAUCUUCCUGCGGCACCAACACAUGCCCUUAUCUGUGAGGACUUCUCAAAUGAUGGACUCACCGACCUUAUUCUUGUGACCUCUAGUGGGGUGUAUGGCUUUGUUCAAACCAGGCAACCAGGUGCCCUGUUCUUCAGCACACUGGUGGGUUGCCUUAUACUUGUGAUGGGGGUCAUAUUUGUCACCCAACACUUGAAUUCCAUAAAGGGGAAACCCCGUCCUUCAUCUGGUCCUCGGUGAAAAUAGCGUUUUUACACUGAAUGAAAAUUGCCAGAGCUCCUGAGGACAUGCUUCCCUCUGUUUAUCUUAUUCCUACUAUGGCGGUUCAUUAACUUUUUAAGAGCUCUUGCUUGUAAAAAAAUCUAAAUCUAAUCUUGUGAGGGGCUUCCAGUCUGAGUUUUCACGUGGCUUAAGAAAUGUUCAUCGAGGUAGAAAA